CUGCGAAGAAGUUAUGAUGAGAGAUUUAGUUGGGAGGGACAGUGCCAGGCCCUUGUUGACAGGAUGUGGAAGAUGGUCUAUGGUAAGAAAUCAAAUUUACCGAUAGGAAAGUAACAAUAAUAAUAAUAAUUAGUACUUGUAAAUGUUAAAAUGGAUAUCUUAUCAGGAUUAUCCUUCAUUUGACCUUCAUCAUUCAUCGCUGUAUGUCCAUGGCUUCUGCAAUAGCGAGUGCAUAAAUACAUUUUUACUACAUUAUGUUUCGUGGUCCAUGUGCAUCGCUGAAGAAAUAUUGUCGUUAACCUUUUUAACCUUAAUGUUAGCGUUCACACUCUCCACCCUGUUCUCCAUACAGAUCUUGUGUUACUGAUUAGGAGAAUUUGUUUAAUAAUCAAGAUCUUUUUCACCGGCUGAUCAAUUCCAUUCGUUAAAACGUUUAUGUAUAAUUUUAUAAUAUGUUGGCUACACUUGAAAGAGUUAACGAUAAAAGAAAGUUAAAAUCUAUAACAUUGCGAUACAUCAAAGUCAUUUGAUUUCUAUUCAUAUGCAGUAGCAAUGGUGCUGUUCUCUUGUAUAUAAAAAGAAAAUACCAAAAAAAGCCCAGCCAAACUUUUGGCUGAUAAUUUGUCACAAGAAAUGAAAGGGGGGCUUCUGAGGUUGAAAUCUUUUUUUUUUUUUGAGAGUGACAUUUUUUUUCUGUAAAUCAUCGCUUUUUUUAACUUUACAGGUCUUGGAAAAACCAAAGACGAUGACGUUUCACGGAACGACUGUGAAAAGGACACUUCAACAGAACCGAUAGCAGGUAAUGUCAUUGUUUGCUUUGUCAGUUGAACCAAAGACAAAAUUUAGUUUUGCAGUGGAGUGAGGUUAUUUUCUUCUGUUGAACCAGGGUACUUUCGAUUAUUGGGGUGCAUCUCCAAGUAAACUGACGUAAACUAUCUGUUUCCCUCUCCUGAUUACAGGCCAAACCAUUUAAAUUCACUGCUAAUUUUAAACUUUACAGGUGUUGAGAAAAACCAAGAAGACGACGUUCCACAGAAUGACUGUGAAAAGGAUGCUGCAACAGGACCGAUGGCAGGUAAUGUCUUUGUUUGCUUCGUCAAUCAAACCAAAGCCAAAAUAUAUUUUUGCCGUAGAGUGAGAUUAUUUAGUUCUUUGGAGACCACAGUAAUUUUUAAUUAAAUUGCCUGCUGUUUUGAGCUUCAGACCAGUGCACCAUCUCCUAUUAAACUGGCAUGAAAUAGCCUCUAUCUUAUGUUAAGUUUUUUUUUUAUCUUCCGUUAACAGGCGAACCCUUUUUUAUUGUACUUCAACAAAUUAUACGGGAAGCA